AUGUCAAGAUACUCCCGUAUCUUCCUACGACCCAAGGACAACGGCGAGCCCUCCUGGACUGCGGAAUUAAGUUCCAAAAUGUCUGCCGACCCAAAUACCUCGUCCAGUCCCUAUUCGUACCCACCCAGCUCGAGCAUACCUUCACGGUACUCCGACGCACCGCUGGUCUCCUCCCCACCUCACCCCUACACACUCGCCGCGUUCCAUUCACCAGCGGAACCCAGCCCACGGGAGACUCCCACAGCGGUAUCGCAUAUCCACCGAAAAGCAAACACCAGCGAGUUCAGCAGCAGCGAAAAACCCCCGGAAAGUAGCACGGGGCAUAGUUAUCCUCGACCUCCCCCUGUCGGACGACCGCCGAGCCGCCAUACCCUCCCUAUUCCACUUCCUAUCCACCUCCGCCCUUGGGUCCUUCUCCUAAUAUUCCUACCGCUACCACCUCUUUUAUCGCUCUUAUACAUGUUGACGGGUCACGCCAUCCUCCGCCGAAGCAACUCCUCCCCGACAUCCAUCUAUCAGGCGCCCCUUCUCUCCUCAGUCGAAGCCGGUGCAACGGGCGGUGUAAUCCUCUCACUACCGCUCGCGCUUCUUCUCUACCUCCUGCUGUUCCCGAGCAAGCCGCCUACAGCCCCCGAGGACUUCUUCGAAGACGACGACUCGAGCAUGCUCGGCGGAUCACGUUGGGCGAGGUACUCGGGAUACGCUGUGUGCGUAUUUGUCGUGCUGUGCGUGGGUGGUGUGGCGGGCCCGCUGGGUGUGACCUGCCUGUCGAACGGCGAAACGGACGGGUUCGUAUCGGCGAAGAAGAUGCUGAGCACCGGUGCGGCUGCAUCAGCCGGCUUCGUUGGCGGUGCUGUACUAUCAUUCGCGAUGGUGCUGCUAGGCGUGAUUGGGCUAGGGCUAUGGAUGGCGAGAAUGAAGAGAGCGAGGUCUUCAUCAUAA